AUGGGCACGUGGUUCGAGGCCAGUACAGCUUCACUGAUCCAGAUGAUUCCAGACGGACAGUGGACUACUCGGCUGACCCCAACAGCGGAUUCAACGCAGUCGUGCAAAGAACUGUGUCGGUCAUUAUCGAUGAUUGCUUUUUGCAACUCAAACCUGAAACCUAAGGAAUGUUAUAUGAAGGUCGCCCAAGUCCUUCAACCCCAAGUGGCCCGCGUCCAAGUCCCGGUGGUGCAAACGCACGUCGAACCAUACGACCCCAACCCCCAGUACACCUUCGCUUAUACCGUGGACGACAGAUCUACUGGCGACUCCAAAACGCAGCACGAAUCGAGACAUGGGGACGUGGUACGCGGCCAGUACAGCUUGACCGAUCCAGAUGGUUCCAGAAGGACAGUGGACUACUCAGCUGACCCCCACAGCGGAUUCAAUGCAGUCGUGCAGGAACGGUCGUAG